CUAACCGAGUGAUGCGAAUAGGCAUUUGCUGCGAUGGUCGGGGGGAAGGCUUCCACGAAUCUGGAAUCUCGUUGUCUGUAUGCAGUAAUUUGGCCGGGGGUGGUCGAGGGCAGCCUGAGUUGAGAGAAGUUAGACAUGAACGCACAAAUAAAACAAUUUAAUAUCGAGUCUUUCAGCCAGUAAAACCCCAGCAAAGGAACUUUUGGAGUCGGUUUGACUGUUUCUUCGUGAGCUAAUGGAUUUAUGAAAACGACGAACGGAUCUUCUAUCGCUUCUAAAAUCUCUUAGAAUUGAAGUGGGAAUAUUGCACACCUUUUCGUACCGAAAGGUACAACUAGACUUAAUCACAUUUUAUAGUAGCUAAUGUAGUCCUAUCCUACAUUUUUUUUCUUUCUACGUUUUUACCUUGUACAUUUUGAAGGUCUGGGAUUGGGGCAGACUUCUCCCUGGAGGAAGGUUUCUUUUGAUGCUUUGCGCAUUGUUUUCUUUUCUUUUGGGCAAGUUGGGUAAACGUGGGAAAAGUAUAAUAUAUUGUAAAAGUUUCUUCGUUUAAUACCGCAUAUUUACGGGUUAAAAUAAACUACGUUGGAUAUUCAAGCUUUUGUAAAAGAAAAAAUUAACAUCAAAUCUCGGAGUACAACAUUUUUCUACACUGGCAGUUUCGUCGCCUCUCGAGGGUUUUGUCAAAAAGUUUGGCACAGUGAAUGCCUCAGUGCUGAUGCCCCAGAGGUCCGGAUGGAGUUCCAGUCACAGAGUAAUCAACAGCUGUAGCGCACCCCACAGGAUGUUGGCGGUGCAGAGUAUGCUGGUGGUUCUGGCCUUUCUUGCCCAGAUUUUACCCUCCCAGGCCCGGCCUGCCAUCCCAGAUGAAGUCGUCUCUGCACCACCUGUGAAAAUCCAAGCGGAGCUUUACACCCUGUACCCUGGAGACCGACUGGAGCUGAAAUGUAGCACUGAGUCAGUCAACUGGACCAAGGAUGAGACAUUGGUGGUGGAUGGGGAGCACACACGUUUACGAGACGGCCAACUGGAGAUCGAGGGAGUGGAGCCGGCUGACUCGGGCCUGUACACCUGCGUCGCCUUUGGCAACCACAGCUCCUACUUCUCUGUCAAUGUCACAGUUGAUAUCCUGGCAUCCUCUGAAGAUGAAGAAGAGGAGGAUGAGUCUUCCUCAGAGGAGGCAAAGCUGUCUAGCAGUCAAAAGCUUUUGCCAAUGGCCCCUCAGUGGGCUCAGCCAGAGAAGAUGGAAAAAAAGUUGCAUGCUGUCCCAGCCAGUAAGACUGUCAAGUUCCGCUGCCAGGCCAGUGGGAACCCUACCCCAACACUCAAGUGGUUCAAGAACGGCAAGGAGUUCAAGAGGGAUCAGCGCAUCGGGGGCUUCAAGGUUCGAGAACACAUGUGGACCAUAAUCAUGGAGUCUGUAGUGCCAUCCGACAAGGGAAACUACACCUGUGUAGUAGAAAACCAACAUGGAAGCAUUAACCACACUUACCAGCUGGAUGUUGUUGAGCGUUCCCCCCACAGACCCAUCCUGCAGGCGGGACUGCCAGCCAAUAACACUGCGGUGGUGGGCAGUGAUGUGGAGUUUGAGUGUAAGGUGUUCAGCGACCCCCAGCCUCACAUCCAGUGGCUGAAGCACAUCGAGGUCAAUGGAAGCCGCGUGGGCCCUGAUGGCUUACCCUACGUCCGUGUCCUCAAGCACUCUGGGGUUAAUAGCUCGGACACUCAGGUGUUGACCCUCUACAAUGUCACUGAGGAGGAGAGCGGGGAGUAUAUAUGUAAAGUGUCCAAUUAUAUAGGCGAGGCCAAUCAGUCAGCCUGGCUGACCGUCAUCAGGCAUGAGGCCCAAGCAGUCCCCCCUUCUCCACCACCCAACCAAACCUACCUGGAAGUGCUGAUCUACUGUGUGGGCUUCUUCCUCAUUGCUGUCAUGGUGGCCGUGGCCAUCAUCUUAAAGAUGCGCAGCUCGUCAAAGAAGAGUGACUUCAGCAGUCAGCUGGCUGUCCACAAGCUGGCUAAAAGCAUCCCCCUGCGCAGACAGGUAACAGUGUCAGUGGACUCUAGCUCCUCCCUCCACUCCGGGGUGAUGUUGGUGCGGCCCUCCCGCCUCUCAUCCAGCGGCUCUCCUAUGCUGUCUGGGGUGUCUGAGUACGAGUUGCCCCAGGAUCCACGCUGGGAGCUGCCCAGAGACCGACUGGUGCUGGGGAAACCCUUGGGAGAAGGCUGCUUUGGCCAGGUGGUGAUGGGAGAGGCUGUAGGGAUGGACAAAGAGAAGCCAAACAGGAUCACCAAAGUGGCUGUGAAGAUGCUCAAAUCUGAUGCUACAGAGAAAGACCUGUCAGAUCUGAUCUCUGAGAUGGAGAUGAUGAAGAUCAUUGGGAAGCACAAGAACAUCAUUAACCUGCUGGGAGCCUGUACCCAGGAUGGUCCUCUCUAUGUUAUUGUGGAGUAUGCCUCCAAGGGAAACCUCCGGGAGUACCUGAGAGCUCGGCGUCCACCAGGCAUGGAGUACUGCUACAACCCUGACCAGGUGCCCAUAGAGAACAUGUCUAUCAAAGACCUGGUGUCCUGUGCCUACCAGGUGGCCCGCGGCAUGGAGUACCUGUCCUCUAAGAAGGUAACAUCAGGAUCCGACUCUACGUACAUCAGCACAUGUAUCCACAGAGACCUGGCUGCCCGCAACGUACUGGUGACUGAGGACAAUGUGAUGAAGAUCGCAGACUUUGGCCUGGCCAGAGAUAUCCACCAUAUUGAUUACUAUAAGAAGACCACCAAUGGUCGUUUGCCAGUCAAGUGGAUGGCCCCAGAAGCUCUAUUUGACCGGAUAUACACGCACCAAAGUGAUGUAUGGUCUUUCGGGGUGCUGCUGUGGGAAAUCUUCACACUGGGGGGCUCGCCGUACCCGGGGGUUCCUGUGGAGGAAUUGUUCAAGCUGCUGAAGGAGGGCCACCGCAUGGACAAGCCCUCCACCUGCACCCAUGAACUAUACAUGAUGAUGAGGGACUGCUGGCAUGCUGUUCCCUCUCACCGGCCCACGUUCAAACAGCUGGUGGAAGACCUGGACCGCACCCUGGCCAUGACGUCCAACCAGGAGUACUUGGAGCUGUCUGUGCCUCUGGACCAGUAUUCCCCCAGCUACCCUGACACACGCAGCUCCACCUGCUCCUCGGGCGAGGACUCGGUCUUCUCCCACGAUGCUGGUGCUGAGGAGCCCUGCCUGCCAAAGUUUCCUCCCCACUCCAACGGGGUGGCCAUCAAGAAACGCUGAUACCUCACUCCCCUCAAAUACCAAAUAUUCAUUUUCCUGUGUUCUCCUCUGCACAACUGGCCUGGUAUGGAUAUUUCCCACCCUCCCAGAGACUAGGUAACACACCAGUGGAGAAUGUGACGGGCUUACUUCGGAAAUGUUUAAACUGACCGGUAGGGCAUCAAGAACUCAAGGCAGUUUGCUUGCUCGUGGUUGAGGUGGAAAUGUUUUCAGGGCACUUUGUAUUGCUGGGAUUUUCUUUCUGUUUGUGUCAAACAGUGCAGGAGAAAGAAACACUCACUAAUUUCUCUACUCUGAGCAUUCCACUGAACAAGGGAAACAGACAGGAUUGAAUUGAAAAGAUUAUGAAAUAGAUGGAUCAGAGUUAGAAUUAUGUCUGUUGUAUUUGUUAAUCAAUAAUAAAUGACCAAUUCCAGAGAAUAUAUUACCAAGGGACAUUCAUACAUUGUAUACACUAUAUAUACAAAAGUAUGUGGGCAUGCUUUCAAAUGAGUGAAUUUGGCCAUUUCAUCCACAUCUGUUGCUGUCCGGUGUAUAAAAUCGAGAACACAGCCAUGUAAUCUUCAUAGACAAACAUCAGCAGUAGAAUGGCCUUACUGAAGAGCUCAGUGACUUUCAACGUGGCACCAACACGUUACGUUAUCACAUUUCUGACCUGCUAGAAUGGCCCCGGUCAACUGUAAGUGCUGUUAUUGUAAAGUGGAAAUGUCUAGGAGCAACAACGGCUCAGCCGUGAAGUGGUAGAACACACAAGCUCACAGAAUGGGAGUGCUGAAGCGUGUAAAAAUCC